AUGUCUUUCAAACAUGGAGCUAUGGCAAUCCAGGAGCUGGGCUCCCGGCAAUACAAGGAUCGUGAUGAUGCAGACAUGGCAAAGUUUGGCAGAAAACAGCGUUUCGAGAGAAACUUCGGGUUCCUGUCGAUGCUGGGCUUCACAACCACGAUGAUGUGUACUUGGGAGGCAGUCCUUACCGCUAAUCCAGCAGCCAUGACUGACGGAGGACCAGCAACCCUCGUCUACGGGUUUAUCUUCUGCUGGAUUGGAGCUUUGUUAACAGCAGCCUCUCUUGCCGAAAUGGCCUCGAUGGCUCCCACGUCGGCAGGCCAAUAUCACUGGGUGUCAAUCCUCGCCCCUAAAGGCCAGGCUGUCUUCCUCAGCUGGGUAACUGGAUGGUUGGACAUGAUCGGAUGGUGGGCCAACACUGCGUCGGGUGUGUAUUUCGCUGCCACCGUCCUGCAGGGUCUUCUGGUGUUGAACUAUGACGGAUACGACUUCCAACGUUGGCAUGGAACCCUGCUCAUGUUCGCGGCGCUGGUGAUUUGCCUUUUGGUCAACUCCUUCGGGGCAAGGCUCCUACCCAAGAUCGAAGGUCUAAUUCUCAUUCUCCAUACCGCCGGCUUCCUAGCCAUCCUGAUCCCAUUGGUUUAUCUGGCUCCACACAAGAACGCCGAAUUCGUCUUUGCAAACUUCACCAAUACUUCGGGAUGGAAGAGCUCUGGCCUUACCUGGCUGAUUGGGCUGAUGGGGACGAAUCUUCCAUUUAUUGGAUAUGAUGGCCCUUGUCACAUGUCGGAGGAGGUAGUGAACGCCUCGGUUAUAGUCCCCUGGUGCAUGAUCGCGACCAUCAUGCUAAACGGCGUCCUCGGUUUCGCCAUGGUCCUAGCCUUCCUCUUCUGCGUUGGCGACCUCGACGCCGCUCUCGACAGCGCAACAGGAUACGACUUCAUCGAAGUAUUCUUCAACGCGACAAAAUCCCACGCCGGAACAUCUAUAAUGACCGCCAUCGUAAUUGCGCUGACUAUCUGCGCCUCGUUCGGGUUCCUGGCCUCCUCAUCACGUCUUACCUGGGCACUAGCGAAGGACAAGGGAAUUCCAUUCGCUGAUUUCCUAUCUCAUAUAAACUCCAGGGCGUCCGGCUCCGCCCUCCCCCUCCGCGCCAUCGCCCUCUGCGCCAUAAUCACAGCCAUCACCUGUCUCAUCAACAUCGGCUCCAGCGCGGCCUUCAACGCCAUGAUCUCCCUGACCACAGCGGGCCUCUUCUCUUCAUAUGAGAUCGCGAUCGUACUAAUCCUCAUCAAGAAGCUCAAGAACGAACCCCUCCAGUAUGGCCCAUGGAAGAUGGGUAGGCUUUGGGGAAUCCUGAUCAAUAUCGGCUCGAUCUGUUUCUUGACCAUCACCAUCUUCUUCUCAUUCUUUCCCGAAGAGUUGCCGGUCACGCCGACAAAUAUGAAUUGGUCCAUUGUGGUAUUUAUGGGAGAGUUUCUUCUGGGAUUGGGGUGGUAUCUGGUCAGGGGUAGGAAGAUUUAUCACGGGCCGGUUAUGGACAUGCCGGUUGCUGUUGGGGAAAGUGAAGUGGUGGGUGGGGAUGGUGUGGAUGAGGAGUAA